CGUUUAUUGGAUCUGUGGCCGGCGUAGAAGUUGAUGGUUCCAUUCGCGGUAAAACGAGUUUGUAUAUAUGGACAGUUUAAAAUGCAAAAAAGUGGCUUUCUUUUAACAAAUUAACCGCAAUUGAUUUAGUGAAAAAACGAGAUAUUUACAUUUAAAGCAGGGAAUCAUAUAGUCGCAUCAGUUACUUGCACAACAUACUUUUAGUAACUUAGUUUGACGGCACACGGAGGACCGCACACAUCCUAAUCAUUAAGACAUUGGUUUCCUGAAUUUACAAUCGUUUAAGCUAAAAUGCCGUCAAUCAGUCCCACCGAUUUCUUGGAUGUAGCUGGUAACAUACUGGAGCGAAUGGACAUAAGGGACAGUUCAUCGCCGGGGCUGCUCGACGUGAAAAUAAACCUCACUGGAGUGGCUCAGCAUGGUUUCGCGACAGCUAGUGGAUUGAAUGAUUAUGAUUACCAAAAUCUUUCCAGUUUAUCAAUGGGUCCUAAAUCUGCGAUGCAAGUGCACACUGUCAACAAAAUUCCGAUACCAGCUGAAAUUUUAGAACAUUUCAAGCACAUAAAAUGCCAUUGCAUGAUGGGUUUGUUCCCCGAAAUUGGUAGAGCAUGGUUAACUAUCGACUCUGAAAUUUAUAUUUGGACCUACGAACAAGCACGCGAUGUUGCAUAUUACGACGGACUAAAUCAUUUAAUUGUUAGCGUGGGUUUGGCCAAGCCAAAACCUGGCGUAUUCAUAAGCGACGUAAAAUAUUUGCUAAUUUUGACGACGCCAAUUGAAAUUAUUGUUUUGGGGGUAACGUUUGCUGAUACCACCAAAAUUAUUUCAUCGCCAAUGAGAAAUAUGCAAAGCACAACCACUUUCGAGGAAAUGCAAUUAAUGAAUAAGCCGAUUUUCAUAUUGAAUUCUGAUAAUGUUGCUAUUAAUGUUGUGCAGUGCAGCCAAAAUGGUCGAAUUUUCCUAGGUGGACGAGACGGUUGUCUUUAUGAAAUCGAUUAUCAUGCAGAUUCUAGUUGGUUCGGAAAGCGUUGCAAAAAAGUAAAUCACUCUCAAAGUGUUGUAUCCGCCAUGGUUCCUAACUUCCUAAAACUUUUCACUGAAAACGAUCCAAUAGUUAGUAUCGUUAUCGAUGACCACAGACAACUUUUAUAUACGCUAACGGAGAAAGGUUCCAUAGAUGCAUGGAAUAUUGGCACGGAUUGCAGCAGUACUCGACGGUUUGCACGAGUUUCUCAGAACGAAGUUAUGCAACGUGCGAGCAGUAUAUUGAAAACCGUUGACAACUCCAUAUUUUCAAAAAUCAAAUCGAUAUGUCCGUUAUCUAUUGAUGACAGUUUAAACUUAAAUCUACUUGCUAUUACACAAAGUGGUGUUCGAUUAUUUUUUGCUACUAGACCACUGAGUUCAGCACAGAAUCCUAGCCAGCAGCAUCUUCAACAACAACAAAUACAGUUGUCCCAAACGCUACAGAAACAGACGUCUACCAACUUCCCCUCUACCAAUACCUCAGGCUUAGUUUCGGCACAAUCAGCUCAAGACCUUAGCAAACCCCAGGGACUAUAUUUAUAUCACGUUCGUCUUCCUCCAGGCUACACACCUAACACAACCGUUAAUAAGCCAAAACAGGUCCACUCUGCAUACUAUAGUGAAGGAACAUUGCUAUUAAUUUCUACAUCGCAACAAGAUCAAGAUCAUUUAUGGUCAAUAAGUUCAGCACCAUUUCUAAGUCGUCCGUACUUAGCAGAAGCAACAGCGGUACUUAGCUUAGAUGGAAUCGUUUGGAGUUUAGCUGAAGUACGAGACAAAUGUGAAUCUAAAUUGAACUCGAUUUUGCGUAAGGCCAAGAAAGCUAAAAAAGUAGUGUUACUCACGAAUCAAGGCGCUCAUAUUAUUGCAUUGUUAAAACCAGUGGAUAUACUGCAGCAGCUGCUUACAGCCUACAGUGGCCCUCAUAAUGAAGCUGUCAAAGCAUUCUUUCAAAUUCAAACGGAGAGCGAGGCUUGUACUACUUCGUUACUUAUCGCAUGUGCAGACCAAUUUCGCAAUACGGAUCUGGCAAUAUGGGCCGCACAAGCGCUACUCCUAUACGGAGGAGAGCCUUAUUAUCACUAUCAAAUGCUUGCGAAUGCUCAGGGAGGAACUUCUAAGAUUAACCCCAUGAACCCAGCUUUACAUAUGGGACACUAUGGUGUUGACCGCAACACACCGCAAAUGUUUGUGUCUACACCAAUGCCCCAUACUGCUGGUGGCGGUUUUCAAAUGCCGCGUUCGCCACAGUCAUCACAUACAAUGCAACAGACACAGUACCCGUUGAGUCCAAUACCAGGCCAAGAUACAGGAUACGAUGGUGGUUUAAUUGUUAACGACUACUCUACAGUCAUAUAUUCAGCCAAACAUGAUGGAUUGUACUUGUACGUUGCCCGACUACUGCGUCCAAUUUGGAAAAAACGUUGUGUUGACACAAAUUUAUGCAGCACGGUUACCCAGUCCGAUUGUACAUUGAUACUUGAAGACUUAUUUUCGCUGAGGGCUUUCAUGGAUGCAUACAUCGUAAAUGACUGUUCCGGAUUAUCACGAAAUACGUACUCUACUCAAACAAGCGUAUCAAAUGGAUUUAGUCAUGUGCUCCCGGCUCACACCCAGCUAUCUACGCACGAACAACGAAAUGUUACUGAGCAAGCACAAUCGGAAGAAAAACAAUCUUUAAGCGCUUUAUAUCAAUUGAUUAAACAUGUUUGCGAGAUCUUAUCCCUUUGGAAAAUCCUGUCGGAGCAUCAGUUUCAAGUGUUGGCAACUCAAUUAACAAAAGAGGAGCAAACCACAUUGAGCUCAUGUACAUUUCGAGACCUCACACUCACACGCACUGAUUCCUGUGCUUUAUUAAUAGCUACUCUAAUUAAUUCAUAUCUGAAAGAUAACGCAAGUGUUAGUAUUAUUUCGGCGAAACUGAGGGAAGUUUGUCCGAACCUAUAUCGCCACGAAGAUGCGGUUACUUUUAAAGCUACGGAAAUAUUGCUUUCAGCCAAAAGUUGUGAGGCUUCUGAAGGGAAGAAUGAGAAGCUUUGCACAGCUCUGCAGCUCUGCAAAGAUGCCGCACCGAAUUUGCCCCUACAAAACAUUUGCCAACAAUUUUCUAUUGCCGGUUUUGGCGAAGGGGUCAUAGAAUUAACUGCAACUUGUGCAGCUAAAAUCGAUCCCGAAGAAAAUGGUAUACGUUACUACAAUUGCGAUGAGCCUACCGAAGACACUGAAGGUUAUGCCGCUUAUUCUGCACGUAUGACAUGUUACAAGGAGGUCCGCUUGAUGUUGGAUACGAUAUAUCAGAAUUAUUGUAACGCCAAUGAAACGCAGGAAUUUGAGUUUCAACGACAAAUUUGUGAUACCAGCGAAAAAAGAUUUAGUGUUCAAAUACGCAAGCUUGUAAAUUUGGCCAUCCAAAUUAAAGAUCCACUCCUGCAUAUCACAUUGUAUCAGUGGUUGAUGGCACAUGAUAUGAUAUCGGAGUUGCUGGCAUUACCCGAACCAAGUUUGGGAGAAUUUCUACGUCGAAAUGUGGUAAACAAUCCAGGAAAUUUAAAUUUAGUCGACUUAUUGUGGAAAUACUAUGAGAAAAAUGGCCGACAUGCCGAAGCCGCGCAUAUCUUGGACAACUUAGCCAGCACUGAAAGCGAAUGCAUUCUUCUUGACCAACGCAUUGAAUAUCUAGCUAGAGCCGUUAUGUGUUUGCGCAAUGAUAGUUCGGGCUUUUCCAUUGCCAAUGGUGUCUUGCUAAAAGAGCUAGAGGAUAAGCUGGAAAUCGCACGUGUACAAAAGUGCAUACUGGAUACUUUUUCGGCAUAUAUAGCACCGGAUCACAGAGUAUUGCAAGCGAUAGAAAAGCUUAAUUUCACGUUGUAUGAUAUAACUCAACUCUAUCAGCAAUUCGCCGAUCCCUUUGAUUUGUGGGAGUGUAAACUAACUAUUCUGAAUUGUUCACAUCACAACGAUCCGUUGUUAAUCGAAACAGUUUGGAGUCAAAUCAUAAAUAAGGCUGUGGUGGGUAAGGGGACAACACAAGAGCGAUGCACGCGCUUGUUCACCAAAAUAGAAUCGUUGGUAAAAGAGUUUCGUGAGUCAGGCCAUUGCUUCCCAUUGGCAUUUAUUAUACGUGAGCUCGAAUUGAAAGCUUGCCAACUUCAAUUUCCCGAAGGAAUUGUGCCCGAGAAGCUAGUUGCAAUGAAUAUAGAUAUUGAACUUCUAAUGGAGUAUUAUUUCAGAAUGAUUUCAAUGAAUGAACGUGUUUGGGCAAAUGAAGGCAAUGAGUGGCAUCUUGUGCAAUCAUCUAUACGUGUAGUAACUUUACUAUGUGGGAACUUGCGUUCCAUAUGGCAUAGAUCCAAAAGGCGCAUUCUUGGAAAGGCACAGGACAUCGUAUCGACUUGUUUAAGUUUCUGUUAUCAAAAGCCCGAUACUGAGCACCUGCGCAGCUCAUUAAAAUCGCUACAAUGCCAAUUACAAGAUAAUUUGUUGUGAAGAUUUUCUAAAUUAUUUUUAUAAUACUCUUUAAACAAAAAUAAAAACUUAAGAAACACUAAAUAAAUAAAAAAUUAAUCACCCUCA